CGAUUCACGUUGGCACUUCACCAUACCCACACACCCACUUUCCAUUUUCGUUUUCAUUUCUCUAUUUCACCCCCUAUCUUCGCCCUGAGGACGUUAUUAAUGCCCACAUCUCCUUCUCUUCUUCACUUUUCUUCUUCAUUAUAAUCAUCAAAAGCCAAACCCCAAACCCCUUUUCUUUUGUUUUCUUUACCUUAUGGCCCUUUGUUUCCCUCACCUUCUUUCCUUCUUCAUCUGCGCCUCUGUCUUCCUUUUUGCAUUGAGAAUGAUCAUGUUGAAGUACUACUUCUGUAAGAAAAGUGUAAACUCUUUCUUGGGGUUUUCUAAUGCUAUGGAUUCUCCUCCUCCAGCUGUUUCCAAAUGUGGGUUAGGCACGUUGGUCUUGGGGUUGUCUAAUGCUAUGGAUUCUCCUCCUCCAGCUGUUUCCAAAUGUGGGUUAGGCACGUUGGUUUCCCAUGAAACACCUAGGGUUGGUAAUCCAAAUAUUAUCGAGUCCUCUAUGAUGGCAGCAACAGCACUUCCGUCGAAAAAGAAAGACCCUGGUGGGAUAGGGUUUAAAGAUGAUAUGGGUGGUGGGGUUGAUGGACUCAUGUCAUGUACGGAGAGUUUAGGGUUUGAGAGUUGUGAUGAAAGGAGAGUUGAUGAUGAUGAUGAUAACUAUAAUUAUAAUGAGAGUAAUUAUGAUGAUCAUCGACAUCAUAUGGAGUUGAGUGAAGGGGAAAGGGAGGGAUGGAGAAGGAAAAGGAGUGAAGAGAAGAGAUCAGAAAGGAGUAAUAACAACAAGUUUCCACCACCACUUUCUUCAUUGAACCAAAAUGGUCAGCCUUGUUUUUAUCUAAAGCCUGUAAGGAAAAAUGGGAGGUUGGAGUUAACUGAGGUUAGGAUUCAAAGAUCUGAGGUUUUACAUGCUGUUAGGGAAAAUGGUCGCUUGAGAUUGCAUCUUGUUAGCAGUGAUGUUAGCUAUAAAAUCAAUGAAGAACAAGAACAAGAAGAGACAGAGCAAGAAGAACAAGAACAAGAAUUACAUUUGCAAGAAGAAGAAGAAGAGUUCGAAGAAUUAUGGAAGUUUAGAGUGAGUGGAGAAGGUUUCAGGAGAUGUAAUGAGCUGGUUAUGAGCCAUCAUCACCAUCGUCAUAUCAAUGACCAUCAUAGCUUGCAUGUGUGGAGGCAGCCAUGUGUGACAACAAGGUGAAUAAUCAUAUGAUGUGAAAACCCAAAAAAAAAAAAAAAGACAAGAAAUUAUGGUGGUGUUUUGUUGGGGAAGAUCGUUGUUUCAUAAUUUGUUGGAUUAAUUAAUUUGUUUUUUGAGUCAAGCAGAGACGGAAGGUAAGGCCGAUGUGUCUCAACCAAAUUUGGAGGUGAAAGAUGGGUAAUCUCCAGUUCUCCAAGCUUCAGCUAAGGAAUUAAAAAAAACAAAGAAAUGAUUUG